UUUAUUUUUAAAGAUCAAUACUCAUUCGUGCCAACAUGGGUGAAAGUGUCGAUUCGAAAACCCGUCUAGAAGAGGGAAGAAAUAUUCCACCAGCGUUGAAAAAGUUGCUCGAAUGGGAUGUUGUGAUGACGAAACAGUUCGUUAGCUUCACGCUGAACUUUGUGCCAUUUCGUUCGCUGCGAACGCACUGCAAGGUGCUAGAAUAUUCAUGCCAUGGGAUCGCAUGGCUAGCCGGAUGGCUGGCAUUUUGUUGGAUGAUCGACAAACCCGAGUGGUAUCAAAUGCAAGUAAACUUAUUCAUCGGCCUGCUAACGGACAUCGUGAUGGUGGCGGUAAUAAAGGCGGCUACUCGCCGACGUCGACCAGCCAUAAAUGAUGAUCCGCUUUGCUUCGGACCGGACAAAUUUAGUUUUCCCUCGGGACACGUUUCGCGGGGCGUCUUCAUCACCACGUUUCUGAUCGUGCUUGAUCCCGUCACGAUCGUGCUUUGGCCCCCACUAUUGGCCUGGACCGUAUCGCUAUGCAUUUCACGCCUAAUUCUGUAUCGUCACCACAUUCUGGAUGUCAUUGGGGGGAUCGUGCUCGGACUGUUCAAUGCUCUACUUAUAUCGAUCCUGUGGUUCGAUCAGGAGGGUAGCGUUUGGCUGAUCAACUGGAUCACGGACGAACGGGUAGCUGGUGCUGAAUAUGCUGUGUGA